AUGUCCCAUUUUCAGGACGAUCUCCUAACUGAAGUAUUUCAGUUUGAAUCCAACGUGACCGCACUGAAGAAAGUGCUGGAUGGAUACACAACGGAAGUCAACGAGUUCCAGCACUUGGACGAAGAUAUCCAACGACUGGAAACCAUCAGCAGUGUGUUCUGUUCCUCACUGGACAAAGCAGUUCAGCAGAUGGUUCCCAAGAUUAUUGAGGAAAUUGAUUUCAAAAACCAACAGUUGGAUCACCUCAGUCAGUCCAGAAGAAAUUGUGAAAAUAAACUAAAGGCACAGCAAGAGAAGAUUAGCCAACUCGAAUUUGAACUGGCUGCAGCUAGAGACCAAGCUCUUGGGCAAUUUGAAUCCGUCUCCUGGAUUGGUUCAAUUAUGGGGGCAAUGCUGUGGAAAUCAUGCAAGCAGCACGAAAGCGUCAAAGCCCUCAUCGGAACCGACAGCCUGCGGGACUUUCUCGGUAUGGCCAAUUGUGUGCUGAGCAGCUUUGUCGCUCGCCAAGCAUCGGGUUCUGCCAGCCUGUCUUCCGAGAGUGAGGAUUACAAGUUCCUUGCAACGAUCUGUGGAGCUCUCACCAACUUGGCAGCAUUUCCCGAAGGGAGGGCACACCUGGCCACUGAAACAGAUGGACUGAUGUUCGCAAACAAUCUGCUACUAGCAGUGGAAUUGUUCCGGAUGCCGGAAGGAAAGCUUCUGAAGCGGAUGUCCCUAACGUUUGUGUACAACAUUUGUCUCGAAAACAACGGAGCCAGAUUCUUAAUUGGGGACGAGAGCCGUUUUGCGAGUGUCGUUCGCUGUUUGGACUUGACCAAUUCGGAAGACGUGCUAACAUUAACCGUUGGGCUGCUGAUGAGAUUGAUUAAAGCAGUUUCGGAUUUUAGGAUGAAAGCGGUCAUCGCUUCGAAGAUUCCCAAAGAGAUCACCAAGCAGAUUGCAAACACCAACAACCCACAGUUGAAGGAAACAGCCGCUCAUCUGCUGGAUUUGAUCGAAUUCGAUUGGAUUAAGGCGGCUGUAAACAAUGUAAAUUGAGGUCAGUUUAAGAAAAAAAAAAUAACAUUU